AAAGCACUGAGCCUCCAGACAAUCCGCUCUAAUUUUCACCAUAUCAUCCUCUCUUCUUCACCUCCUUUUCCAUCUCCUGCUCCUCCUUUCUACCCCAGCUACUAUUCAGCAUGGGAGUAAAUUACAGCUUUGAAGAGGUUGAACUGAUCCAAACCAAGGACAACAAAACGAGACACCACAAGCAUCCCUGCCGUCUGGUAGUGGAGAAAUACGAGCUAGCUGUGCUGUGCUGCUGUGCUGCCAUAAACUGGGAGAUUAUCACAGGGAACGAUUCAGUAAUGCCUCGAUGGAGCGUGUGCAGCUCAGAGGAGGGUAACCGCUCUGAGGGCGAGGAGCCUGAGGACAUACUUCCUGUUCUCCGAAACCACAGCCAGCUCCUCAACGACCAACACAUCGAGAGUCUAGCCAAUCACAUACCAGCAAGGACACAGGGGUAUCCAUGGAACCUGGUCUACAGCACAGCCAUUCAUGGCACCAGCCUGAAGACUCUGUACAGGCAAAUGGCCCACAUCGACAGUCCUGUGCUUCUGGUCAUCAAAGACAUGGAAAAAAAGGUGUUUGGUGCCUUCUCCUCCCAUCCCUUCAGAGUGAGUGACUGUUGCUACGGAACAGGAGAGACUUUUGUCUACAGCUUCGACCCUGCAUUUAAGGCCUACAGGUGGAGUGGUGAGAACUCUUACUUCAUCAGGGGCCAUAUGGACUCUCUACAGAUUGGUGGAGGAGGGGGGCUUUUUGGCCUGUGGCUGGAUGCUGAUCUGUACUACGGUGCCAGCUUCCCAUGUCACACCUUCAACAACCAGCCCCUGUCCACCCAGCAAGACUUCACAGUGCAGGACCUGGAGGUCUGGACUGUCCAGUAAACAGAGCGAGACGCUGAGAGACUCAGAAGCGGAAAAGAGAAAGAGAAAAAAGCCAGAGCCAUGUCUAUCUAUGGUUUACAACAUGGCUUUACUUGUGUUCAGUGAGGUUUAGCCUGUGUUCAAGCUGUUAAAGUACAGUAAGCUUAAUAUAGUAAGCUUGGUUUGUCCAAUGACUGUAUAUAUGAAUGGACAACGCCAUCGAUCACGUGACACCAGUCAUUCCUAUGUGAAAACUCAAUAGUGCAUUUGAAGCCAAGGAAGUCCAUUAAGAUGGCGUCUCAUGUGGGAGAUUUACGUAGGCAUUACAUGCUAGUUUGAGCUACUCCAGGAUGUGACGUUGCAGGCUAGUUCAGUGCUGCCCCAUCUCAUUGAGUAUUUCAUGUUAAAGGCAGAAUGGGGCAUGCUGCCAUUAGCUACUAAAUUAUGAUAGUAACUUCUUCUGUGUGCGAUUUUAAAAUAAUCGGUUUAAGCACAUACAUCUGGGGUAAUAAGACAUUUUUGUUUUUAUUUGUUAUUAUAUUUAUACGAAGAUUGACCAUGAAGAUUACCAUCUUCCCAUUCACUGUACUGGGGAUUCUGUGUUUGGCAAAUAAUGCCUGCAGUACUGUGGUUGGCCUUGAAUGAGAGGGGGCAGUCAUUCACCCCUGGGUUUGUCACGUGUAAAACCUGGUCUAAUGACUUUUAGGCUGGUUUUACCUGUGUUUUACCAGCGCGUAACCUAUUAUACCAGCAUUAACUCAGGUUGUAUCUGUGUUUUGCCUGGUUAACUGAGGAUUGUAUGGUGAGAGAUAGACAGGCUGUUUAUACAGUGUCCUACUGUUUGCUGCUCAAUACCUGCUACUGAACAAGCUCUGUCCAAUACGAGCAUUACAACUGGUUCUAGACAUCUAAGCUGUAAACCCUCCAUCAAUCCUUUGUUAUGGACAGCAUUUACAAACCAAAGCCCAUUUUAGAGUAAUAUCCUAUUUUCAUUACAAUUUCCUCAUAAGCUUUAAACUUUAUAGAGGCUAAGAUGAACACACUACUGUACUACCCAACUAUUUUGUAUUUAUUUCUGUGUCUGUGUUACAAGGGUACAACAUCAGAUGCCCCGUAGGGAUUCCUCACACACACAACACUCAGGUCUAGAAACAGCCACGGCAGAGUACUGUCUCUUAGAGCUGCUAAAAGUGGCCUCUAAUGGUUUGUACUAAAGGUAUGGGUUUAAAUCCAUGUUAAAUGUUUUCUUACAUUUCUAAAAGAGAAUAAUGACAUUUGUUUAAAAGAAAGAAACAGGAUAUAAGAUGGACCAAUUGUUUUAGUUUGGCGUCUUUUUCACAUUCCUUUGUUUUUUAUAUUUGCUAUAAAAAAAAGAUACAGAUAUAUUUAAAGAAAUGUUAUCCAGUGAAGUAUUUUGUUUUGUUUUUCUGUAUGUGUGCUGUACAGUGCUGGCACUGUUAAUGGCUCCUUAUUAAAAUUCUGCAUUUCCAGGUGACAAAAAA